UGAAUUCAGUUUUAUGGUUCGUGUUAAAAUGGAAUUGAUUCGAACAAUAAAUGCUUCUAUUAUAUUGCUCGAAUGUCUUUAAACGUAGUAUCGGCUUCUGAGCGUGUGUGUACUGCCUGGAUCUCUUGCGUGUGACUUGAAGAAAAUCCAAAGUUUGUUCGUUGUGUCAACACGUAAUUGUGAUCUCCAGCAGUCGAAUUUUGGUGGCGUCCGCCGGGGUAUAAAUGGUCAAUGAGGGCACAGGAAACACCUCACUGCCUACGACAGGUGAUGAGCUUGUCCUUUACACGAACCUGAAGACCUGCCGGCUUUCACUACACCAUACACUUCAAGGAAGGCGUAUUAACACUACGUAAAUAUUUCUUGACUAGUGUUCCAUCACGUUGUCCAUAGUUUAAAACAGGCUUUGGAGGCAGCCAAUAAACCUGAAAGUGUUCUUCGCUUUUAUAUGAGGGCGUCACCACCAUACCCACAGCACAGAAAGCGUAAAAGCAAGUGGAGACAUACAUCCCUUGCUAGCUGCGGAAAUAGCAAAAGUUGUUGAAGAUGGAACUACGUCUGUGAGAAUAAUAAAGUUACACCUUGAAAGAUUUGUGAACAUAACCUUCACUGGACCAAACAAGCCAGAUAAUAUGAACACUACAUUUUACCCCACACAUCUCACAAUAUAUAGUCAUGUGUACAGGGCCCUUAAGAAAUUGAAGAAAAGUGUGUUUGACCAAGAUGCUUUGCAAAUGCAGAUUAAUGAGUGGCAGAAAGAAUAUAGAGGUGACAAUAUUUUUUUCAGGCCUUUUUCAGAUGUUGAUGGAGAAAUACAGCCAUUGCUGUUUUGUUAUGAGAGUGCAUGGCAGGAGGAUAUCUUAAAAAAAUAUGGAGAUGUAUGUUUGCUUGAUGCCACCUACAAAACAACAAAAUAUGACAUUCCUUUAUUUUUUGUUACAGUAAAGGCAAACAGAUGCUGUUUAGUGGUAGGUUUUUUCUUUAUUCAGGUAGAAGAUACAAGGUCAAUUGCUGAAGCGCUACUUGUUUUCAAGAGGUGGAAUACAAACUUCGACCCAACCUACUGGGUUACUGAUUUUUCAGAGUCCGAGAUAGCAGCAAUUAAAGAAAUAUUUCCAUUUUCAAAAGUGUACUUGUGUUCAUUUCACAGGGAACAGGCUCGGGGGCGAUGGGUUAAAAAGGGUGGGAAUCUAACUGUAGGAACUGAUAAAGAGUCCGUUCUGGAGCUGUGGCGCUAUGUUGCAACGUCUCCCACUGAGGAACAGUUCGAACUCAAUGUUGAAAUGUUAGAGACUCUUGAGGUUUUUCGUAGAAACCCCAAGGCACUUAUUUAUUUUAAAAAUCAAUGGCUCUCACUUGCUGAAAAUUGGGUGAGAGCUUUUGAGAAUAUUGGCAUAUUUGCCAAUAUUAGAACCACAAACGGUGUUGAAACAAUGAACGAGAAGGUCAAAAAGUCUUUUCUGAACUAUGACACAGACAAAACAUUAACAGGAGUUGUUAAGGUAUUAGUAAAUAGUUUCAUUCCUGGCCUCAUGAAAAAGUAUUGCCAAAUGAAUUCUGUUAUUAGAAAGAACAAUGAAGUUGUACCUGCAUUUUUGCACGGAAAGACACAGGAAUUUAUAACACACUUGUGGAAACGAUAUUCUUCUGCAGAAGAAAGCUUCAGUAAAGAGUCAGUGUCAGUAAUAAGUGAGGGUGUUUUUUCCGUGAAAAGCGACACUUCAAAAGAUGUUGGGUAUACUGUAAACUUUGCGGAACCAAGUUGUACAUGUGAAGAUUACCAAAAGCACAAAUAUAUGUGUAAACAUUUUUAUGCCAUCUUUAUUUUCUAUCCUCAAUGGGGUUUUGACAAAGUAAAUGAAAAGUACAGAAAUAGCCCGUUAAUUUGUUUGGAUAGGACAUAUGGGUAUGGUGCAAGUGGCAGCUGUAUUUAAACAGACUGCGUGAAUUAGAGGAGUCCAGCUAUGAAUGAAGAGCAUAACAUUCCUGAACCAUCAGCUUCUUCUUCAUCUCUGUUUCGAGAGGCAAGAGAGAGAUGUCGGAACAUUAUAAAUCUCACAUACAAUUGUGACAAUGACACGAUAAAAAAAGUGUUAGAGGCACUUAAAAAUGUGGAACGUAUUGGAAGAUUGUUGAACCCUACAGAAAAUGGUCUUCCUUUAGCAGCGACAUCAUCUUCAAAAAUGUAGGAACACUCGUUUAAAUGGAGGCAGAAUUUGUGAAACACGUAUUUGCCCUUUUGCUUUUCUGGAUGUUCGUAUAGAUUUAAUAAUGAAAUGGAUUGAUCAGAGUAUGGUGAGUUAAGUGUCUACAGCAAUCACUUACAUUGGGAGAUUUUUCAGUUUUACAUUAAAAUAUGUGGUAGUACAGCAAAUUUAAAACUGGAAGAACUUCCCAACCAAAAUGAAAGUCAUGGUUACACAACUUGCCAUACCCUCAUAAAUACAUUUUACCAUCAAUAGUUGAAGUAGAUACCCAACUGUGUGCUGAUUGUGCUGCUACUGAUACUUUUUUUGUUAAAUGGUAUUGGUAGCAUGAAGCAAGACUGGAAGUACCAAAAAGCUCUUCUUUAUUUCUUAUAACAAUAAUAAUUAAUAUUAUUACACUUUAUUACAAACAUUGUCAGAGUUAUUGGAGAAAUACACAAUAGGUGGGACCAAUGGUCAUUACUGAAGGUUGAUACAAGAGAAGUAAAACUCUGAAUGGUUUCUAAAAAUCAGAUCUGAUCAAAUUUUACAGAAAGCUACAUGUAAAUAUACAGGAGUAAAAACUGUCACCACUGUUGUCAUGAGAUUUUCUAUAAUGCUAUAGCUAAGACUUUGUAUGUAGUGUCUGACAAUUCAGUAUGGUACUUUUCCAGUAAGUGCAGAAGUGCCUAUUUCAUAUUAGAGUUAGCAACCCGUGUGUGCACCUGUUUAAUGUUAAAAAGAGUCGUUUUUAUAUAUGUUAGAUCAGAAGUUAAACGACAACACUUUUCAUGUAAAACAGAUGCACAUGCACAUGUGCCAUGUUCAUUUCCCAUUACUGAAAAAUGACUGACCAUUCUAACUACAUUUUAUGUAGGGUUUAUGUAAACAUUUGUAAUGUUUACAGGGCUUUCUUGUCUCUUUUGCAACAAGUGAGGGUUUGGCACUCAUUUAUGUUCCACUACAGUUUCCGCACAAAAUACUCAAACUUACUACUUGCACUGAUUCAGUACAAAAGUCAAUUUCUAAAGCAUAUGACACCAUUGCAUUGUUGUAUCUUUCUGUGCAGGCUCAGGGAUAUAUGUUUCAAUGGUAGGAUUUUUCUGGCAGUCUGGAAUGAGGUUAGAGAGAAAACUAUUGCUAAGACCAUAAAUCCAGUAAUGUUUCAACACCAUUUGUGUGUGAGUGUGAGUGACUGAGUGACUACUUCCAAAAGCAGUUCCUCAACCAUUGUCGCGUGGAUAUAUAUAUAUAUAUAUCUCUCUCUCUCUCUCUCUCUCUCUCUCUCUCUCUCUCUCUCUCACACACACACACACACACACACACACACACACACACAUUGAUAUUCUUUAAUUAUCCUUCAAGAUGCAGCUGGCUAGUAGUACGCAUCGCAACAUAAAAAUUAAUAUAUUCCCCACAGGCAAGAAUUAGAUAUGAACAAACAAAAUUUCAUGCCAAAAUUUGUGCCCCAUUAAGUUUUAAUGAUUCCGUAACAACAGAUGAUGUAAUAUGUCCCACAAGAAGUAAUGCACUCCCAUUUUCUACAGUUAUAUAACCUGGUUCCUAAGACAGAAGUGUCAAGUGCGUCCAAGUGAAAUAAUGUAAAUAGCUUUUUCCAAAAGGGAAAUGAAUCCUUAAUAGUUUUUACCUUGAACUCUAAGAAACUGGCACCCAACCCAUUAACUGUGGAUGAUGAUUGUUCCAUCUCUUGGAAAUUUGUAGAACUUCAUAAAUUGGCACUCAUACAAUCAACUUAAAAGGAGGGUCGAGGAAAAGAAAAAUCCAACCACUAAACACCACAUCUUUGCAUUGAGUGUGAGGCAAAACAUAGGAAAGUCAUAUUUUGUAUAUAUCAUCUAGCAAAUUAACUUGCAUUGCUUUGUGUCACUGUUCUGUACUGCAUUGGUAUUGGGAUUCAGACUCAGCAGGGAAAAGGUUCACAUCCAUAGGUUCUGUUUGUGCUCAUUAAUCUGAAUCUCUCUUAAAUUUUCUUCACAUUGCAAAUUGUCUUGUCUGUGAAGUAAAACUUCGUGUGGUCGUGGUGUGACUUGAUUUCUCUAGUGAAGUCAACAGGAAUAAGUAGAUUCUGUAAGCUUACGUGGAUUUGGUUUAUGUAGCUAAGUGGUACUUAAUAUUUAAAAUUUGAUAAUCUUGUAACUGUUAAAUACCUAAGAAUUUUUUUGUACUUAUUACUAUAGACAUAGGAUUUUUGUGUAAAUGAACUUAAAAAACUACAAAUGUAUUUGUGUUUGUAAAUAAAGUGGCAUGUCUCACACCAUAAUAAAUUGUACAGAUGAGGAGUGUAUAUAUGUUAUGGAUGUAUACCAUGUUUUAA